AUGGCAACUUCAGCGUCAGCGACAUAUGCACCAACAUUCGGGGCGGUCGAGAAACGCAAGACCCCAUGGCGUAAUCUAAUGGUCGGCGCAUGUAUGAACGUUAUCCAAGUCACCACUCUGGGGCAGCCCAUGGAAGUCAUCAAGACCCACGCCAGUGCCAACAGAACCGAUACUCUUGGUGACGCUGUACGCAAAACCUGGGCUCGUGCUGGGGUUCGAGGAUUCUAUCAGGGUCUCAUACCAUGGGCUUGGUUAGAAGCCUCAACGAAAGGCGCAAUCUUGGUCCUAACAUCUACAGAGGUUGAGUACUACGCUAAGAGAUCCGGCCUGGGUACCGAGAUCGCUGGUGUGUUGGGCGGCGUUGUUGGUGGUGCAUCUCAAGCAUACCUUACCAUGGGUGUUACAACAUGUAUGAAGACCGUCGAGGUCACAAGGCAAAAGACUCCAAAGACAGCCGGCAGAACGCCAGGGACCAUGGAGGUAUUUCUCCAGAUCCUGCGCACCAAGGGUAUCCGAGGUGUGAAUCGAGGUGUCAACGCAGUAGCUCUUCGUCAAAUCACGGGCUGGUCUUCAAGAAUCGGCAUUUCGAGAGUAGCGGAGGGCCAAAUCAAGUCGUUCAGGGGCAAGUCGCCAGAAGAGAAGCUAGCUCCACCAGAGAAAAUUGUUGCAUCCAUCAUCGGAGGUGCGCUUAGCUGCUGGAAUCAGCCAUUUGAGGUUGUGCGGGUUGAGAUGCAGUCGCUGAAGGCGGACCCCUCCCGUCCACAACAGCUCACGAUGGCUUCUACUGCGAAGCAUAUUUGGGCAACGAAUGGAUUCACUGGUUUCUUCAGGGGUGUCGUACCUCGAAUUGGAGUGGCUGCCUGGGCGACAGUGUGCAUGGUCGGAUUCGGCGAUAUGGUGAAGGAAGCCGUCGGUUCGAAGGCUUAA